CGCGGGAGCGGCGCGGCGGCUCCGCCCCGGCUGGCGGCUGCUCUGCGCUCCCGGUCCCCGCGGCGCUGCGGCUCCCGCCGAGGUCCGGGCGGUGCGCGGUGUCCCCGGCGCCGCCAAUGAAGGCAUCCUCGGGCGGCGGCGGCGGGGCGGCGGCGGGCGGGUGAGGCUGUGCGGUGCGCGGCGGUGCGGGCGUGGGAGCCCGCGCCCUCCCGCAAGAUGUCAUCGCAGGGCAAGUUCAAGAAGGACAAAGAGAUCAUCGCCGACUACGAGGCGCAAGUCAAAGAAAUCCGAACUCAGCUGGUCGAGCAGUUCAAAUGUCUGGAGCAGCAGUCGGAGUCGCGCCUGCAACUGCUGCAGGACCUACAGGAGUUCUUCCGCAGGAAGGCUGAGAUCGAGCUAGAGUACUCCAGGAGCCUGGAGAAACUGGCUGAACGAUUCUCCUCCAAGAUACGCAGCUCCAGAGAGCACCAGUUCAAGAAAGAUCAGCAUCUACUUUCCCCUGUGAACUGCUGGUACCUGGUUCUGACACAGACCCGUCGAGAGAGCAGAGAUCAUGCCACGCUGAAUGACAUUUUCAUGAACAAUGUCAUUGUCCGGCUGUCACAGAUCAGUGAGGAUGUCAUCAGGCUCUUUAAAAAGAGUAAGGAGAUUGGCUUACAGAUGCAUGAAGAACUCCUGAAAGUCACCAACGAGCUUUACACGGUGAUGAAGACCUACCACAUGUAUCAUGCAGAAAGCAUUAGUGCUGAGAGCAAGCUGAAGGAGGCGGAGAAGCAGGAGGAAAAGCAGUUCAAUAAGUCAGGGGACAUCAGCGUGAACCUGCUGCGGCAUGAGGACAGGCCUCAGCGGCGGAGCUCUGUCAAGAAGAUUGAGAAGAUGAAGGAGAAGAGACAAGCCAAAUAUUCUGAAAACAAACUGAAGUGUACUAAAGCCAGGAACGACUACCUGCUGAACCUGGCAGCCACCAACGCAGCUGUCAGUAAAUACUACAUCCACGAUGUCUCUGACCUCAUUGAUUGCUGUGACCUGGGCUUCCACGCCAGCCUUGCCCGGACCUUCAGGACAUACCUGUCUGCUGAGUACAACCUGGAGACUUCCCGCCACGAGGGACUGGACAUCAUUGAGAACGCCGUGGACAACCUGGAUGCACGGAGCGACAAACACACCAUCAUGGACAUGUGCAACCAGGUCUUCUGCCCUCCACUGAAGUUCGAGUUCCAGCCUCACAUGGGGGAUGAGGUGUGUCAGGUCAGUGCCCAGCAGCCUGUGCAGACUGAGUUGCUGAUGCGGUACCACCAGCUGCAGUCCCGACUAGCCACCCUCAAGAUAGAGAAUGAAGAGGUACGAAAGACUCUGGAUGCCACAAUGCAGACUUUGCAGGACAUGCUGACAGUGGAAGAUUUUGACGUUUCGGAUGCCUUCCAGCAUAGUCGCUCCACUGAGUCGGUCAAAUCAGCUGCAUCAGAGACCUACAUGAGUAAAAUAAACAUCGCCAAGAGGAGAGCCAACCAGCAGGAAACUGAAAUGUUCUAUUUUACGAAAUUUAAAGAGUAUUUGAAUGGUAGUAACCUUAUCACGAAGCUCCAGGCUAAACAUGACUUGCUGAAGCAGACUCUUGGAGAAGGUGAAAGAGCCGAAUGCGGAACAACCAGGCCCCCAUGUCUUCCCCCUAAGCCACAGAAAAUGAGGAGACCUAGGCCUCUCUCAGUUUAUAAUCAUAAACUCUUUAACGGCAAUAUGGAAACAUUCAUUAAGGAUUCAGGACAGGCUAUUCCACUUGUAGUAGAAAGCUGCAUUCGUUACAUCAAUUUGUAUGGCCUUCAGCAGCAGGGCAUUUUCAGAGUCCCUGGCUCCCAGGUGGAAGUCAACGACAUCAAGAAUUCAUUUGAGAGAGGUGAAGAUCCCCUUGCUGAUGAUCAAAAUGAACGUGACAUUAAUUCAGUGGCUGGAGUCUUGAAGCUGUAUUUCCGAGGACUGGAAAACCCCCUCUUUCCUAAGGAAAGGUUUCAAGAUUUAAUAUCUACUAUAAAAAUCGAGAACCCCACCGAGAGAGUGCACCAGAUCCAGCAAAUCAUCGUCACUCUGCCUCGGGCUGUCAUCGUUGUCAUGAGAUAUCUUUUUGCUUUCCUUAAUCACUUGUCGCAGUACAGCGAUGAGAACAUGAUGGAUCCCUACAACCUGGCCAUCUGCUUUGGGCCCACUCUGAUGCACAUUCCAGAUGGGCAGGAUCCGGUGUCCUGCCAAGCUCAUGUCAAUGAGGUCAUCAAAACCAUCAUCGUUAACCACGAGGGCAUCUUCCCCAGCCACAGAGAGCUGGAAGGACCUGUCUAUGAGAAGUGCAUGACUGGAGGGGAAGAGUACUGUGACAGCCCGCACAGCGAGCCAGGCACCAUCGAUGAAGUUGACCAUGACAACGGCACGGAGCCACACACCAGUGAUGACGAAGUGGAGCAGAUUGAAGCCAUAGCAAAGUUUGACUACAUUGGACGGUCUCCCCGAGAGCUCUCUUUUAAGAAAGGGGCCUCGCUUCUCCUGUACCAUCGGGCAUCAGAAGACUGGUGGGAAGGGAGACAUAAUGGUGUGGAUGGCCUCAUACCCCACCAGUACAUUGUGGUGCAAGACAUGGAUGACGCAUUCUCUGACAGCCUGAGCCAGAAGGCGGACAGUGAGGCAAGCAGUGGACCGCUGCUGGAUGAUAAAGCCUCCUCCAAGAAUGACAUCCAGUCUCCGACAGAUCAUAUUGUGGACUAUGGCUUUGGAGGAGUAAUGGGCCGAGUGAGAUUGAGGUCUGACGGUGCAGCUAUUCCUCGCCGUCGAAGUGGGGGGGACACCCACAGCCCGCCUCGAGGGAUGGGUCCUGGCAUAGACACUCCUCCUCGAGCAGCAGCCUGCCCUAGCAGCCCCCACAAAAUACCUCUUAACAGGGGCAGGAUUGAGAGUCCUGAAAAACGCAGAAUGGCAACAUUCGGCAGUGCAGGCAGCAUCAAUUUCCCAGACAGGAAGGCCUUGUCUGAUGGCCACCCGCUGAGAUCGACCUGUGGAUCGACUAGACACAGUAGUCUUGGAGAUCAGAAAUCUCUAGAAGCAGAAGCGCUUGCUGAGGACAUCGAGAAGACCAUGAGCACAGCGCUGAACGAGCUGCGGGAGCUGGAGAGGCAGAACACGGCCAAGCAGGCCCCUGAUGUGGUCCUGGACACACUGGAGCCCAUGAAGAACCCCCCGAUGGGCGCCGCCAACUCGGAGCCUGCCAGCCCUCUCCACACCAUCCUGAUCCGGGACCCCGAUGCCGCUAUGCGGCGCAGCAGCAGCUCCACCACAGAGAUGAUGACCACCUUCAAGCCGGCCCUGUCAGCCCGGCUGGCUGGGGCUCAGCUGCGACCCACGCCGAUGCGGCCGGUGCGGCCAGUGGUGCAGCACCGCUCCAGCAGCAGCAGCAGCUCGGGGGUGGGCAGCCCCGCGGUCACCCCAACUGAGAAGCUCUUCCCCAGCAGCUCAGCAGAUAAAUCGGGCACCAUGUAAGCUGGGAUGUGGGGAGAGCCAGCGCCUGGACAAUGGGAGCAUGGCCGGGCGCUUAGCAAAGCCUUACUUGGCCAAGCGGGAAGUCAAAACCACAUUCAAGAGGAAACUCUCCAAAAGGGGAACAAGUGCGUAGCGUACGCCUGAUGGUUGAUUGUACAUAUGUGUGUGUGUGUAUGUACAUAUGUGUGCACACACCCCAUCCAUGCAGAAACACUUCCCAAGCUUGCAGUCCUACGGCAGGAGGAGACGGUGGGUCUACAUGUUGGCACUGGAGAACACACACUAUAUGUGGAAGUAUAUAUUAAAGAAAAAAAAGUGUACAGAAUUCACUGACUUUUUUAAAAAAGUAGAUUUACCUCAGAAACUGUCUCUGAAAUGUCCUCUCUAGAGAUGUUGGGUUGAUUUCUUUUUUUUUAUUCCAGGCUAUUUGAGUGCGUGUGUGUGCGUGGAGUUACGUAGCAGCUGUGUGUCAAGCAAUACAAGGCCAAUCCUGGAAUUUAUUUUCUGCAUCUCUUGGCAUUUAAAAAAUAGGCGGAGGGGAUAUACAAUGGGUUUUGAUCGCUGCUGGACUACAGAGAAGAGCUGGAAAUUCAUAAAUGCCAGUGUGUGUCAGGCUGGCUGGAGUGUCUUUUCAAGAUGAACCCCGAGAUGCCUUCAUGUGUGCUGUGACAACCUGGCCAGCGGCACCUGGCAGGAGUGGGGACAGAAAAUGAGCUGUGCUCCAUCAGCUCCUGUGAAGGAUGUCAGGACACAGCCCUGACUGCACCAUGAGGUCCACAGAACUCUGAUGUUCUUGAAGAUUUCAGAAUGAACAAGGACUAGUGACAAACCUGUGGUAAAGCAUAAGUAGAGUAACUUACACAGUUUUGAGAUGCUUUGUUUCCCUUUCCUUGUACAAUUAUUUUUCAUUUUUUAAAAAACAAAAACAAAAAAACCAAACAAACCCAAACCCUAAUGGUAUCUCGAAAGAUAGGACUAAACAGACGAGGAGUCUUUGGGACAGAAACAUUCCUUUAUUUGUGGUUACACAGCAGUACAUGAGGGUCUUGAUUCAGAUUGUGUCUUCUUGCAUGAAAAGCGUGAGCCAUAUUUGACCAUAUCAGAUGCGGAACCGAUCUGAUGGGGUGAUACUUUGCACUUUCUGUACUGUACAAUAUAAUACAACAGUUUGAGUUUAUGCAAAAUAAUCUACAUUUUGUUUUUCCUCUGAACAUUUAACCCAGAGAAAAAAAAUAUGCAGAAAGAGCUGUGGAUUGCAUGGUACUUUGUCUGAUAAUCAAGUGUCUUCUGUAAGUGCUGAAUUCAAGACACUCUGUGCUUCUCCUGCAGUUUUUUUCUUCUUGUACAGAUUUCCAGGCAAUGACCCAUGAUAUAAUUUGGUCACUUCCACACGAUCACGUACAGCCCCAGCGUGAAAUGGGCCAUCCUGAGCCUCUCGGCUGCAUAGAAGAGCUGCACUAAUGGCUCUUAAACGUUCAUCCUAAACAUUCAUUCUUUUUUGCCCACUAUUUCUAAUUUCUGCUGUUCUGUCUGUCCCUGGGCAAAGAAGCUACCGAGCCCUCCUGCCUCAUCCAGCAGUCACUUGCCCCUGCCUAGGGCUUUUUUCUGUUCCCUCCUUCCUCUUCUCUCCAGCACCACUGCAGCCCUGAGCUUGCAGGUAGCCGGAGGAGCAACCUGACUUCCAGAAUGAAGCGCACCAGUCCUGCCAAAGCUCCCAUCUCUGCAAGGAGCUCAUCCAUAAGGUGUCCACAUGUCUCAGCUGCCCCGUGCCCGUGCAAGGCAGCGUGUACCUCUGCUCUGGGUACAGACCCGGGUCACACGCACACCGGGACCAGCCCAGUGUUUGCGCCCAUGCCUGGUGCACAAGCAUGUGUCCCUCCCAUACCCCACUCCUGCCCGGCUCCUGCCUCUGCCAGUCUCUGUAUAUAUUGCUGUACUUGCUUAAACGCUGGAAAGUUACUGUUAACAUAUAAACUGUACAAAAAAUAGGCUAAGAUUAGAUGAAAGCCAAUGCCACUCACCAAAUCUUUGCACUUAGUAGGUAGCUCAAUGUAAAAAUAAAACCCAAUAAUAAUAAUAAUAAUAAUAAAAAAAGAAAGAAAAAAAACAGAGCCGCAAAGCUAACCUUUCAGUGUACAGUGGGGGAGAAGUACUGUAUGUAGUGAUUCUGUCAUUGUUCCUCUGUAUAAUGCUGUAAGGGGAAAUGGUGUUUAUGUACUUGUCUAUUAACAUUGUUGACACUUGUAAUUACCACAAUUAGUUCAUAUUGAUGUUUAUUUUUCUUCAUAAUUUUUCCCCCCUUUCCUAACUUAGGCUAACCCCGAGGUCAAUGCCUCUGUCAUUACGGGCAGCAGAUGUUCAAACAGUCUGUCAGUCUGGUCUAGUAAUGAACCAGCGAAUGUGCUUUUAGGGGGAGGGAAGAAACCCAUUUGGCACGAGAGCUGUGUAUUCGUUGCCAAUAAUUAUUAUUUUUUUUCCAUUUAGUUCCUGGAGAACAUUCACUUUGCCAGUCUUCUGGUUUUUUAUAUAUACUUUCAAAGAUGACUUGAUAGCAAAACCAUGUUUAUUAGGGUUUAUUUUUUCCCUCCCUUCUUACUUUUGAAGAUACGGUACAAGUUCCAGUGUCUUUCUAUUAAAUUAUUGCCUUUAAUUUUCUUUUGUUUUGUUGUGAGUUUUGAAUACAAUUGUUUUCUUAUCUUUAAGUGCCUUUUUGAGCACCAGAACAAAUGCGUGGAGUUGAUGUCCUAGGAGCUGUACACAUCAUGAUUUCCUUUGUACAGUUGCGUUGUGCUGAGGGUGAUUGCUUUUAAAGUCCUUUUGAUUUUUUUUUUUUUUAACAGAAAAGAAAGCCAAGACGUUUUGUUGAGGAAUAAACUACCCCUUUUUAAUAUGGCAUUCAAAUUGUAGUUUUAACUACUGUAAAUUUGAAGGAAGAAAUGUAUUUUUCUGUAAGGUGACUCUGCACAAAAUUGAAAAAUGUACAUUGUAGUAGUAUCAUAACUGGAACCUGCUCAUGUUUCAUGAGGAACUUUACCCUGAUCCUCAAUACCUCUCUAAAGGCGUAAAGACUGUAGGCUUCAGAGAGUUCACAGAGCUUUCACUGUGAAAACUUACGGCUGAGUGACAGAAGUGAGCGGGUGGUGGGAGCACCCUCUGCAAGGGGCCGUGCUCCUGCCUCCCACUGCCCUGCCGGGCAAGGAGGUCCAGAAGGAUGGGAGCAACCGCUCCUCGGGGAUGUGGCAGCCAAGAGGAGGGAGUCUUCACGGAGCAGUUGUUUCUCUGCUGUGCAGAGCGAGGGCUGACCUCUGGCUUGGCUCCUGCAGACCCUGCCGGGUAUCUGUGGACCUGCACUGUCCUGUUCCGUCCUGCAGUGCCAUGGCUGCCUCCAGGAGGGCCAGCUUGGCACUUGCCCACCCUCCCGAGGCUCAGCAUCGCCUCUGAUGGUGCUGACUUGAAAGCAAUGGCACCCAUGCCAAUCUCUUCUCUGUAUAGACUCUUCAGCAACGCGUGCAAGUGUGUCAGUCCCUGGGGUGGUGAUGACAGUGCACUUUCUUCCAUAGGCUGAAGUACCCCUGGUAGGUCAUUUUUGUAACCCCUGGACUAUGUUAUUUAACUAGCAGUGUUGUGGUUUUCACAGUGCGGCAGUAGGUGUCCCAAGUCUGAUCUGCUUCCGAGUGGCUGGACUGCGUAGUCUGGUGGAGAUGGGUUUGGUUACGCCGGGAAGCCAUAGGAAACCACUGGCUGGCUGCCCUUUGUAAUGGUUGUUCUCCUCCUCUGGUGUUGUCUCUGUAACGUAUGGUGAGAUGCCGUUCAGCUCGAGUGUCUGAGUGGGUCUUCUGUCAUGUAUGCUGAUGAUGCCAUGUAGGUGAAGCCACUGGUUGGGUGUGGACUCAUCCUGUUGAAUAAAACUGCUUAACUUUUCUCAA